AUGGGGGAGGUGUCAGUCGAGUUCAAAGACGGGUCCGGCUACCUAGUCUACAUGGACGUCUUCCAUCAGCUUCACUGUCUUAACUACCUGCGCAUGAAACUAGACCCGUGGAAGGCGAGCUACCCACAUAUUCCGUCUGACGACAACUUCCCCGAGGGAUACCAUGUCGCCCAUUGCAUUGACUCGAUCCGGCUGUCGCUUGAGUGCCACGCCGACCUGUCAGUGGUACCCCAGCGAUGGGCAGACGGGUGGAUGGAGCCGUGGCCCGUGGUGGAGAGCCAGCACACGUGUCGCAAUUACACAAAGAUCCAAGAAUGGGCCCACGCCCGCCACCCUCGCGUAGAUGUGGAAGAAAAUCUAUAUCAUCCGACGCUGGGUAAAGUUUAUGGGAACCGUUUGAACAAAUCUGCGCUGCCGGUCUAUUGGGAGAACCACGAUGAGAUCUAG